AUGACUCUAACCAGCCAGGAGGUUAACUAUCUAAUAUGGCGAUAUUUCCAAGAGGUUGGGUUAGAGCUUUCGGCCUAUGCCCUUGAUGAUGAGACGAAAAUUCACGAAUUGGAUGAAUUAUAUAAGAAUAAAAUUCCAAUUGGAAGUUUAGUUAACUUCAUCCAGAAGGGAAUUCUUUACACAAUGAAAGAAGGUGAAGUGCUGGAGUCUAAGAGCAGUUUGCACGAGUUUGCAAAAGAACUGAAUCUAUUAAGCUCUAUAAAACACACAAACACAGAAAUAGUUCCACCGUCAACUAAUACGACUGACAACAACAGCUGUUUUACCCGAGUGUUGAAAAGCUUAUUUACAUAUCCCUCGUCGAUGCAUAGCUCCUUCAACCCCUCUUCAGAGAAAGUUUUGGCUUGGGGUGAAAGGAAAAGUAAAAGUGUCAUAUGUGUGAUAAACGAUCAAUCUCAAAUAAAGAUUGAUGUUGAGCAUUAUGUUAUAGAGAAUGAAAAAGGUAAUGAUAUCACACUUGUUUCAUGGUCUCGUUUGGGUGAUUCACUGUUAACAUGUUGUGAAAAUGGCGAGAUCAGAAUGUGGGAAGCUGACGGCAAGAUAAAGAUGGUUUUGCAUAACCAUGCAUCGCCUAUUGUGCAUGUGUCAUGGUCACCAGAUUCUCGUUCAUUCCUCACUUUAGAUAGCGAUAAUGUUGUCAUCAUAUGGGAUUCAUUCACCGGCAAAGCUCGCCAAGUUUUGGAUGCUGGUCUCAAAGAUAGAGUAUUAGGGCUGGAUACCGUGUGGAUCGACGAAUCCAAGGUUGUUGUUCCUGGACUAAAGAACUCAAUUCAUAUUUUUCAAGUAUCAGAGAAAGAGCCUGUGGGAACACUAUAUGGUCAUUCCAACACAAUCACAAGCUUAGCAUAUUACAAAGAAUUGCAUCUUCUUGCAUCUGGCUCAGAUGACAACGAUAUUAGAAUAUGGCGAAGCAAUUCGUUAAACUCCGCCCAAUUGUUGCAAGGUCAUACCCAGCCUAUCUUGUCACUUGAUUGGCUUCCCACAAAUGAAAAAUUUAAGAACCCAGAUCUCUCCAAGCUAGUAAUUUUAAUAUCAACCUCAAUGGAUGGCUCCAUUAGAGUUUGGGAUGUCUACAAAGGUGAUACUGUAAUGUUCUCUUUAAAUGAAAAUGGGGUGCCGUUUGUUUGCAGCAAGAUUUCUCCUGACAAAACUAAGAUUGUUACUGGUGACUUGGAUGGGAGCAUAAAGAUAUGGUCCAUUAACUAUCAAAGUUUGGAACAAUUCCUAUCUGAACAUAAACUUGAUGCAUCCAACACUGGUACCAACAUUCAAUCAAUUGAAUGUGUGGCCGAAUACGAACCUAAUACUUCCAAGAAAGAAGAGCCAGAUGAGAACGAUAUACUCAUCGACGACGAUGUAGACGAAAAACAACAAAGUGGAAACGAUUUAGAGGACGACAAACAGAUAUUUAUUACCAGUUUAUCGUGGAACAAGAAUGGUUCCUUACUUUCAGUAUCGUAUUCCAAUAUUGACAGUGUUGUCAUCAAGGUAGACCAGUUAUAA